CUCGUGAAAAGACGUCUUGGACUCAAAAAGGAAUAUUAAUCAUCAGUGUUGUGACAUACAGUUACCUUAACAUUUGUUAUUAGGCUCUACAAAUAACCACUGACGAUUUUUUUAGUGUAGUUAAAGAUGUCUACUCCAGCUAGAAGGCGACUCAUGCGAGAUUUUAAGCGACUCCAGGAGGACCCUCCAGCCGGAGUCAGUGGAGCUCCUUCAGAGAACAACAUCAUGGUGUGGAACGCGGUUAUAUUCGGUCCAGAAGGAACGCCUUUUGAAGAUGGUACCUUCAAACUCACAGUUGAGUUCACAGAGGAAUAUCCAAACAAGCCCCCAACUGUGCGAUUUGUCUCGAAGAUGUUUCAUCCAAAUGUGUAUGCUGAUGGCAGUAUCUGCCUAGAUAUUCUUCAGAAUCGGUGGAGUCCAACUUAUGAUGUUUCUUCUAUUCUGACAUCAAUUCAAUCCCUUCUAGAUGAGCCAAAUCCCAACAGCCCCGCAAACAGCCAGGCAGCACAACUGUAUCAAGAAAACAAACGGGAAUAUGAGAAACGGGUGUCAGCGAUUGUAGAGCAGAGCUGGAGGGACAGUUGACCACAUUCUCUCUGAAAUGUUGUUUUCCUUUUGUUUGGGGAUAGUUUUUCAAAUCUCCAUUUUUAAGUUUUCAUGCACUUUACUCAUGCAAGAUUGUGAUUUUUGUAUUAUUUUACUCCCACAUUUUUGCCUGAUUUCCAACCCUCAUUAAGAUCAGUGAAAGUGGUUAAUAUGCCUGGCGAAUAACGCUUGAAUAAUUGUGCAUAUGGCGUGAACAUGCAGUGAUUUUUCUUUUUUGCUAAAUGCAUAAGCAUCUUUAAAAAAGCAUUAUGAUUGAGUCAAUCAAGGCAGUCUAAUCUGGAUUAUUGACUCGCUGAGAGACAUAAGUCAUAGUAGUGUUGAUGAAAAUGUUUUUGGUGCUUUGUCAAUUUUAAUAUCAUGGAUCAAUCUCACUCAAAAAGCAGUUAAAAGUGUACAUUUAAUUUGGGUUUUGCUUCCAUUCUUCUGGAUUAGCAUUCGUUAUGUUGAUUCAGCCAUAACUCUUCAUGGCUCUGCCAGAGGCAUGCUACCACACCAGUGGUGAUGAGCAUCUCUAGAUGCACUGGAAACACAUCUAAGACGUUGGUAGACAGGCAUGAGAGUUUAUAUAAAUUAUCAAAUUAUGUUGAAAGAAAAAAUAGCAAUAUGGUUUGGAGUAUAAAAUAUAUAUUUACUGGUGGGAAAAAAAAUUGAGAUUUGCUGGAAUAACAAAGUUCAAAAAUAUCCUCCCAAAUCCUACAGAGAUACACGUUAACUGCAGUUAUUUAAUGUUUUCGUGGCUUGCAUCACUAUUCCAAUCAGUCAAGUGAAAUAAUGUGUUCAGGUCUUUUUCCAAGCCCUUGAUCUUUACAGAUGUAUGCCCCGUUACAUGCAUGAAUGCCUGAGUGUGUCCUUGCCUCUAUUAAUCUCUUGUAUAUACAAAAACACAUCUGAAUUUUGUGUACAGAUUUUGCACUGGUUGGCAAUCUCAUUUUCCAGCACUUGUAAGAACUUAAUUAAAAGGUGAAACUACA